GCGAUGAAAACAAAGUGGUAUCCCUUUAUUUUGUGGAGCGUUUUAUCACUUGGCCUUCUAAGCUCUGCGGUGGACACGUAUGAAUCUCCGCUUACGAGAAGGAAAGGGGUUUUCAAACUAGGCGCUCCGAAAAUCAAACUUCCAUUAGCCGAAGACAGAGAAUCCAACCAGAGGCUACCUGCCGACACACCUCCAGAGCCUCAGCGGGGUUACCGAAGGUCCUAUUCCGCUUCAGCACCUGUGAGACUUGGACCCAUGCGACCAGGGAAACCCGAGGCAAAGAUCCAGUCAGACUUUGCUUACCUCCCGGACGUCUCUGUAACCUGCUCCACAUCUGACUUUGUCGUCAGGAUCAAACCAGCUUUCUACGGUCUGGGCGCAGAAGCAGAGGAACUGUUGUUAGGCAGCAGCUGUAAAAGCAACGGGCUUCUUAGACCAUACGGCGACCUUCUUUUCUCGUAUCCCCUGACCGCCUGUGAUGGCGUGCGUGAGGUAAGCUAUGUUCAUAUCCAGGUUUCUGCUCCUCAUCUACCUGCUGGAGGAAAACUCUACAUACGUAGCUGCUAUGCAGCUCCAUCUAGUGGCUCUAGAUCGUCCCUGAAGUACUCCAUCAUAGACAACUUUGGCUGUAUGCUGGACAACAAGGGAGACCUGGGGGCCUCUGAGUUUGUUUCCCGGACAGACAGGACUGUGAGACUUUCCGUGUUGGCCUUCCAGUUUACUGCUGAUCCAAACACGGAGGUCAGUAUCCACUGUAGGUUAUUUGUCACGUCAGAGGAUCCAAGUCCUGUGCACAAAUCCUGCACAUACAGGGGCAACAGGUGGAGGGCGCUUACUGGUGAUGACUCCAUAUGUGAAUGUUGUGAGUACCGGUGUGUGACUCCUAAGCCCCGGAGGGCUAUGAUGGAAGGUUCUGCCAGCAGCGGGUCAUUACUGGUGUCGGAUCAGUCGUACACAGCAAAGGACCAGUUUCUACCAGUGAGCCUCCCUCUGGACAGCAUAAGAAAACAACAGAGGACCACAAAUCGUUACAGUAAUGAGACGCACAGCCGGGACAGCUUCUUGGGAAAAGCAGUAAAGUAUAAUGAUGAUGGUGAAGAAGAAAGUGGAACUGCAUUUGGAGCGAUGACGGGACUUAAUUUAGAUGAUUUUGGUUUUGGGGAGAGGGCCUUAAAGGGCAAGUGGAAUGAAUCUGAGGUGAAGCGUUUAGAUAAGUUGAGGGAGGAGGAGUCACCGUAUGAAAAAAAGGAUUCAGGUGAGAGAAGUGAAAAUGAAGUUUAUGAUGUAGAGCAAGCGAACGAUCGGAAUCAGAAGGAAAGUGAAAUGAUUAGUCACUUGGAGCAGUCGCCACUGUCGGAGAUUGAUGUACAGCCACCUGAUUCUAGAGAUGAGGGAGGAAACGGGACACAUGGAGGGAAGGAGGUGGAGGUUGAGGAGAAGGGGUUGAUGACAUCACACGAGGUGCAGUUGAAGAAUGACAGCAGGACAGCAGAUGCAGAAGAUGGUGGGGAGAUGACGUGGUAUUUUUUUUGGAGGUAGUGUUGAAUCAAUUAAUCAAGUAUACCGCUUUAA